AAUAACAAAAAAAGUUAUUGUUAUCAAUAACAAAUAACAAAAAAAGUUAUUUGUUAUUAAUAACAAUAACAAAAAAAGUUAUUUGUUAUUAAUAACAAAAAAAUAACAAAUAACUUUUUUUUUAGAAAAAUCUUAGUUAUGCUUUGUUACUAUGUAAAAGUAUACCAGUUCUAUUUGCUCAUUAUUGUCCAGUUGCUCGAUGAUGUUACUAACCGCAAUCUCCAUUAGAUAGCCUAUGAAACUGAGAAAAAUCCUAAAAAGAUCUUUUCAAAUAUCUUGCUCACCUACAGGUAAAAUUUACUAAUCGGUUUACGAGGAACGAUUCCUCAAUGUUCGAUUGCCUUUGACUUGAUGUUUUGGUCAAAUAAAAGUCCUUGCGAAAUGAGAUUCUAGGUGCCAUUUUUCGAGUUACGAUCUGUACAAUCUUUCUAGACAUUUUCACAUCUCCCAAAGGCUUAUAUUUGACCAACACAUCAAGUCAAAGACAAUUGAGCAUUGAGGAAUCGUUCCUCGUAAAGCGAUCCGUAAAUUUUGCCUAUAGAUGAGCAGGAUACUUGAAAAGAUCUUUUUAGGAUUUUUCUCAGUUUCAUAGGCUAUCUAAUGCAGAUUGCGGUUAGUAACAUCAUCGAGCAAUUGGACAAUACUGAGCAAACAGAGCUGGUAUACUGUUACAUAGUAACAAAGCAUAACUAAGAUUUUUCGGAAAAAAAAGUUAUUUGUUAUUUUAUUGUUAUUAAUAACAAAUAACUUUUUUUGUUAUUGUUAUUAAUAACAAUAACUUUUUUUGUUAUUGUUAUUAAUAAUAAUAACUUUUUUUGUUAUUUGUUAUUGAUAACAAUAACAAUAAAUUCACACCCCUAGUUGUUACUAGAUAUUACAAAUCUAUUUUAUUAGGACAUGCAACAGCAGCUAUUCUUAAAACUGCUAUUCUAGAUUCACUUAAAGCUGAUGGAUUAGAACUUAAACAAUUAUUAAUGUUAGGUCGUGAUAGUUUAUUUGUUAAUUUAUCGUUGGAGAAUAUGAUUGAAAAUGAAAUGAAAAAGGUUCGUUGUGGUCUUUUGAAACUUGGUGGUUGUCAUCUUCAUGUAGCACAUAAUGGUUUUAAAGCUGGUUUAUCCUCAUCAGAUUGGAAUAUUCACAAUAAAUGUAUCGAUAUUUAUUCAUGGUUUAAACAAUCACCUGCUCGCAAAGAAGAUUUGAUUGGUAUAAUUAGCGAUUAUAAUUGUGUUAUUGAAAAGACAAUACUAUAUUUCACCAAUACACGGUGGGUUUGGUUAGGCAAAGUAAUAACGCGCGUUUUACCAUUAUGGGAACCAUUACAUGAAUAUUUUUUAAUGUAUUUACCAGUCAAUAAAAAGCAACAAGUUCAAAAUAAUGAUCGUUAUGAAAGAAUUAAAGAAUCGUUAACUUCGUAUGUAAUUAAAAUUAGAUUGCAGUUUGUAUUGUUUUUAUGUGAAACAAUAUUCGAUCGUUUUUUGACAUUGUUUCAACAAGAAGCACCACUUAUACAUCUUCUUUAUUAUGAAUUGCCAUCGUUGUAUCGUUUAGUUUUAUUACAAUUUUUAACAUCAGAUUGUGUUGGUGAUAAAGUUGGAGGUGAUUUAUUAUAUAUAGAUUUUAAAUUAAAUGAAAAACAAUUGAAUAAUAAAAAUAUACGUAUUGGAGAAGGAGCUCGAAAACUAUUAAGUAAUCUUACACAAAAAGAGCGAGAAACAUUUUAUGAAGAUAUUAGAACCAUUUAUCAUACAAUAGCUGAGUAUUUGAAAAAGAAUCUACCAUUAAGAAAUUCAUUUUUACGUGAUAUACAAAUUCUUCAUCCCUCGUAUAGAUCUGUACAAUAUAGUGAUGAUAUCGUACGUAUUGCUAGAACUGUUCCAGGUCUAUUGAGUGAUCAAGAGAUUGAUUAUACACGUGAUGAAUGGUUAAAUUAUUCACUUGAACACAUUGAUGAAACGUGGUACAUUAAAGAGAAAAAAAAGGAUUAUUUAGGUGCUGAAAUUGUUAUAUAUCAUCGUAUUGAUUAUUAUUGGAAUAAAGUUUUGAGCAUUACAACGACGGAUGGUCGUCAUAAAUAUUCUACGUUAAGCAAACUAAUUAAAAACAUUCUUAUUAUUCCUCAUGGUAAUGCUGAUGUUGAACGUGGUUUUCAAUAA